CGCAUUUGAAGGCUCCACCUGUACAUCAUUAAAUUAAUAUUAUCGUUGAAAUUAAGCACAUCUCUGCAAUUUUUUUAUUGUUUGGCACAGUUGUUUGCAUUUUUUAAAUCAAACCACCCGCUCUUUGUAAUUUCUCUUAAUUUAAUCAUUUUUCUUUUAACUCUUUUUUAAAAAAGCAGUAAGGAAGGAAAAAAAAAUAGACAACCAUGAAAUCUCUACUGAGUCCACAACCUUCUCUCCCAACUCACAUCAACGAAUCUCGAACCAAUCUUUCGCGUUCAAAAGUCACUUCCUCUCUAAGAUUCGAUCGUGACCGUUGGAUUGGACGGAAGAAGUGUGGUUUGACUUUGAGCGCCGUGUUGGACCCUGCAACAAUUGGUCAAUCUGGGAUUUCAGAAUCCGAAUUCGUAAAUCCAGCUGUUUCCACUUCCUAUCGGAGCUCCAAGUUGCCGAAACCCAACCAGACGGUCCUUGAUGCUCAAGCUAGGGUUUGCACUGGUCCCACCCAGACCAAGCCUCUCAACGAGGACCAGGCUUUUAAAGUUUUCGACACCAUUUUAAGAUCCGCUAGAGGGGAAUUAAAAGAUGAAGAGCAAGUUUCGAAAGCGCAACUUGGGGCAUUUUUUGCUGCGAUGACAAUUCGUGCGAAUGCCUUUCCAGAAGCAACCCAAUGGAGUGAAGGUGAGAAGCAUGCAGUGAACAAUUUUUGGCCCCACCUAGUUCGAGCGCUACCAUCGGAUGUAAUCUUCAUUGCCGACCCUGAAGGCUCAAUAAUGGGAGUUGGAAGUUCGAUUGGGCCCCAAUAUGUUGGGAAUGGUACGAGCGAUAUGAGAUUGGUUGGAGCCCUUAGGGAGGUUUUGGCAGGUGGUCACCUUGGAUAUGAGGAAGUCCAAGGUGUUCUAAGAGAUGUUCUUCCUUUUAAAUUUGAAGAUAAGAGGUGUUCAUCUGGAGUUAGUGAGACGUUGCUUUCAGCUUUUUUGAUUGGCCAGCGAAUGAACAGGGAAACCGAUCGUGAGUUGAAAGCAUAUUGCCUUGCAUUUGAUGAUCAACUUGGUCUCGCACCAGUUGCUGAUGUUAGAUCAUUGACUCAUUACGGUGAACCUUACGAUGGAAACACUCGUUUCUUUAGGAGCACAUUGUUUGUUGCUGCUGUUAGAUCCUGUUACGGCGAAUCUUCCUUGCUUCAUGGUGUGGAUUGGAUGCCACCUAAGGGAGGCAUAACAGAAGAACAGAUGCUGAAGUUUAUGGGAGCAAAUACAAGAUUGACUCCUUUGCAGGCUAAAGAGCUUCUUGAGGAUGAGGAGCUUGGUUUUGCCUACAUAAGUCAGCGUGAAGCUUGCCCAUCCCUAUAUUCAUUGAUUGGGCUGAGGGAGCACAUAAAGAAACGUCCCCCUCUGGCAACAACUGAAAAGGUUCAACAAUUUGUGAAGGCUCGGGGGAGAGAAGCAAUUGUUACUGGGUUUUAUCAUGAAGGCUAUGAGGAGCCUCUUUUAAUGCUUAUGAAAAGAAGAGGUGUUCAUUCUGGUUUGGUAGUGAAGGGCGAGGAAGGGGCCCUCUCAAUGACAACAAAAUUCCGAUCUGCGAAUGCAUCAAAAGGACUUCCUGUGAACUACUGUUCAGGCUUCCGUUCAUUGAGCAUGGAUUCUGCUUUUGAACUUGAUGGGGUGUCACGUCAGAAUUUCAAAACUGAAGUUAAUGCCAAGGACUUCGGUUUCGAACCCACUGAUACUCCAAGAACUGAUAGAUCGGUCGCCAAGAAUAUAGAGUUGGGUUUAGGAGCUCUCCAUGGCCAGAAAGGACCAGCAUAUGAUCGAAUUGUCUUAAAUGCUGGAAUGGUGGAUCACCUGCUAGGAUGUGAUGGUGCAGAAGAUGUAUCUACAGCACUGGAUAGAGCCAGGGAGGCCAUUGAUAGUGGUAAAGCUCUUAAAAAGCUGUUAAAUUACAUAAAGGUCUCGCAGAAAAUGAGGUGAAAGAUGACCAGCUGGUGCAUCUGAUGAAGAUGGGAAAGCAAUAAUUACAGGAUUUCUUGUUUCCUUGCGUUUUUCCCUUCUUCUAUCUUGACCUUGUUAUUUUCUUUUCUUUUCCUUUUACUUCAUAUAUCUUUCCCUUGUAUAAACCUUGCUGUGGCCAGAGGAAAACAAAGCAUGCUUCUGGUAUAAACUGGUCAUGUCACCCAAGCAUAUUUCUUUUUUUUUUUUUCUUUUUUUCUUGUAACAUGAACAUCGGAUUAAAUAAAGUUGUAUUUUUGGUGUUCUUA